CCAUUGGACACCGUAAACACCAAUGAACACAUUGGCCUUGAAUGGAAACUCCACGAGCGGUCGUGAUGCUGGGAGAUCUGCUCCGACGGCAUAAAAGUACUGCAGAUGCAGGGGUAUAUGCGUUCGAAGCUUGGGUAUGGUGUAUGUUGUUGUUGGUGUUUUUCCGUGAGAAAUCAAAAUGAUAAACGUUCAAAUAAGUACCGCAUCUGGUGUGAAGCAAAUUUUUACCGUCGUCGCACCGAUUAAACUCGUCGAUUUGCGUAAUCGGAUCGAAGAUUUCACGAAUUUCUCGCAAGAAAACUUUUACAUCGUACACAAUGGAAAGCUCGUGGACGAGAACGAUACUUGCUACAACGGAUGCGUUUCUAUCGUUCCACGGUUGCUCGGAGGAAAAGGAGGUUUUGGAUCCAUGUUGCGCGCGAUCGGUGCACAAAUCGAGAAAACUACGAAUCGCGAGGCUUGCAGAGACCUGAGUGGCCGUAGACUUCGCGACAUCAACGAGGAGAAAAGAUUAAAGGCUUGGAUCGAGAAACAAGGAACACGCGAAGAGGAAGCUGCGGAGCGGAAGAAAAAGAAAUUGGAACGACUUUGCACCGAACCGAAACACGAAUUCAAAGAUCAGACGUACGAUCGUGAAAGAUCAGCUUUAACGGAAAGGGUUGGCGAUGCUGUCGAAGAAGGAUUCAAGGUCGCCGGUGGAUCUGGGUUGAAAAGAAAAUUCGACGAAGAAUUCAAACCGAAUAAAAGGAAAACUUUAUUGGACAUCGACAUCGACUUGGACGAAUUGGACAGUUCCGACGCAAGCGACGACGAAGAAACGAAAGUUGUGAAAACAAAUCGAACCGAACUUUCGUCGAACGAUAGCGGGCACUCUAGCGACGAAAGCGGUAGAAUUAGCGGGAAUACGGACGGGACGGAAUCUAAUUAUUCGGAAGAUAGUUCCGUUCGUAGAAUAGACGAUAGAAAUUCAAGUAAUCAGCCGGUAUCGAAUAAAGAUUCCGUCGAGAUUGAUCGCAGGGAACUUUCCGAUUUAAAUUCAACGAAAACUACGGGCGAAGACGUUAGAGUAUCUACAGGAAUCGUGCAUUCUUCGUUGAACGUCGAUACCAAAUAAGUUCCAUUUCUGUAUUUUGCGUGUAAUAUUAUACAAGUAUAUCCGUGUAAUAAAAUGUUCCAACGGUGUUCCAUCUGAAAAUAGUAUCGUUGUUUUUAAAAAAUAUUAAUAUUUUUAAAAUAUCGUCCAAUCCGUCAAUUCGUUGGCCAGUUUAGCGCCCACUGCGAACAGGGUUAACGAAGCAACGAACGAUCCGUAAAAAUCGUUCGUCAACAUCUUUUUGCGCUUGCAUCGACGCAUCCAUUUAUAGAGAUCUCGCGCGUAUUUAGUACCGAUCCAGUACAAACGAUCGCUUUUCGCAUACUUUUUUUGAAGUUGCGCGUGUACCAUAUGUGCCAGAGUUCCCAGACAAACGUAGUAACACGGUUUGCAACAUCGUUUGCGCGACGCAAGCUGGAAAUAAUCGUUAGACUUAUGUACGGACGCCUUAUCGUAUAAAUAUGCGGUGGAAUGGCUCGGUGAAAAAAUAUUUAUAGACGAUUCUCACGUUAUUGCGUGAUUCGUGCUCCUCUACGGAAAAUGGAUCGGGCAAGAAAUUGGACGACGAAGACGCGCGAGCACCGUACUCCGCGGUCAUUUUCAACUUUCAAUUUGUUUCGCGCAGCGAUAGUUGGAAAUUCAAGCGUAAAUAAAAUCGCCGGAUAUCGAUGUCGAUAUUCUUUUGUCGCACGAUAACUUGCAAUUGCAAAACGCCGAUAUUCGGUGUUGCUAUUCCGACUACGUAACAGUUGUUCCCGAUGUACGUACAUGCGCGUACAGCGAACGUGUGCAGAUAAAAUAUAGCAAAAAUAAAAACAAAAAUAACUGUUGUAAAAUUUUAUUCGAAAACGUUUUAGAAAAUAUUUGAAACCGUGCUAGCAAUAUCUAUAAGCUUUUUUUACUUGUUACGGUAAAAUAAAUAAUAAAAAAUCUGCCAAAGAACGAACGAA